AUGGAAGCGGCAUUAAUGGAAGGCGACGAAGAAGCCGUUCUCCAACUCCACCCUGGAGUUGGGGACCUUCCCCAAGAACCGGACAGACAGCCCUCAAUUGCCGAACUCACCCAUCAGCUAAAGGAUGCGGACGAAGCAAGGAAUCGUCUGAAGGCGCAGCUGGAAAGACGCGCGAGGGUUGCCCAGUCAGCAGCCAAGGCAGCAGAACCGCAGAAGAUACGCUUACGGGAAGGCGAGCAACGACAGACGGCGAUGGCAGCGAAACGGGACCGAGUAACCGAAUCAACCCAGAGAGAAAGGGAUCCGGCCAUCAAAAGAUCUCGUACCAUGCCCACCAAGCCAGGAAUGCAGAGGCCUCCACCGACUGUGACGGUAACCCCAGUAGACCGCCAGGGGCAGAAGCCGAAGGAAGCCGCCAGUAGCAGCAAGCCGCCAGUUCCACCGCUCCCUGACCUGAGGAGCGUCCUAAGCCGCCCUCCCCAGCCGUUGCCUGAGACCAGGCCCUGCCUCCAGCCUUCAUCACCAGCUGACCCACGCCACCCGAUAACGCCCUUGCCUCCGCCUGCCGCACUACCCAGACAGGCUCCGAUGGCGGCCCUAUUCGACCUGGUUCCCUCGAGGUCGUCCUCCGAUUCCUCUUUGGGCAGAGACGAGCUUGAGGGCGUCAUACGGCAAAUCGUCACUGGGCUCAGGCAGAUGCCUACCGCCGAGGACGUAAGGGCCCUGACCGGAGAAGUGGCCCGGCUGCGCAACUGCCUGGAAACCAACAGAGGCGCACAAAGGAUCUCGCUGACCGAAGCCGUCCUAUGCAUCGGUGAUCGUAUGGCUAGAAGGACCCGGGACGAGCCACGGGAGAGUGCACUACCCACCGAGAAAAAUGUCAACCAAAAGGUGCCCAUUGGGUGCCCGCGUUCGGUCACCCGGCUACCCCCCGUGGGCACCCAGAUGGGCACCCAUUGGUUAUACCGCAUGUCCAACCCUUCGGGCACCCGCGAGUGGUCAUGCCCAGAAUUCGGUCACCAAAUGGGCACCCAUUAA